AGUCCUCUUAGGAUAGUUUAAUUUCAAUUUCAGUACAAGUUGUAUAGGCUAUAUAUAGUUAGCAGGAUGUAAUUCGCAGGGUAUCAAUGAAAAUGAAAUAGUCUAUUUCUCCCCCAAAGGUUCUUCUCCAAACCCUUCUUCUUCUCUAUCUUCUAUCUCUAUCCCAACUUUUUUCCCUAACCCUCACCUCUCAAUCCUCAUCUGCCUAUCUCUCUACCUCUAUUUCUCUUCUCUCUAUCUCAAUCCCAAUUUCUAUCUCUAUUUCCUUACCUCUCUAGCCUCGGUACCGAUUACGUUACCUCAGAUCCGCGACCAGAAGCACCAAGAACAGCAAUAUACAAGCCCGAGCCAUAAGGGAUAUUACAUGCUCGAACCACUUUUAAAGAUCGAAUCGAGAAGCGAAAUUCUUUUAAAAAAAAUCCAACAAAAAUCGAAAGAAAUGUUUCGAGCGACCCAUUUCCCCUCUUUCUCCUCCUCCUCUUUGCGAAUCCCACUCCUCUCCUCUCUCCCCUUCUCCUCCUCCCUUAAACCCUACUUCGUCUCCUCCCUCUCUACGGCCCCACCUCAAAUCCCACGCUCUUCACGCCCCCCAAUUGGAAACAAUUCCACUUCGCGCUUCUUUAGGCGGAGCCCCUCCAUUAUGGCUAAUCCGAGGGUUCGAGGAAGAGCUCUGUUCAGUGGUGGAAGUAGUAGUGGAAGAGAGAAUAAAGAGCUUCUGGUUCAGCAUCUGCUUGUUGGUGAGGAUAAUCUUAAGCUUUUGGUGGAGCUCCAACAACGGAUUUCGGGAGGAGUAGAUUUGAGCGAUUUGGCUGUGGAGUAUUCGAUAUGUCCGUCAAAGGAAAAUGGUGGAAUGCUCGGGUGGAUCCGAAGAGGGCAAACGGUUCCAGAAUUUGAAGAUGCUGCGUUUAAUGCUCCUGUAAACAAAGUUGUGCGUUGCAAGACUAAAUUUGGAUGGCAUUUGCUGCAAGUGCUCUCAGAGAGGGAAGAAUGUAUACUUCAAGAUAUCGAGCCACUGGAGCUUCACUCCAAAAUGCAAUACCCUAGUUUUGUUGAGGAAGCUCAGUUGAUUGAUGUCCGAGAGCCUGAGGAAGUGUAAGUUUUUUUAAAAAUAUAUAUAUUUCUAU